CCAAAUCAUCAUGUCGCAACAUAAUGCAAAAGACGAAUUUACGGACAUCGUUCCGGAAAAGUAUGAAAUGCCAGAAGGUUAUGCUGGUAAUUUAUCAGAAGAACAUCAAGAUGAUCUUUAUCAAAUGUGGAUAGCUUUCUUUGAUAUUUGUGAUAAAGCACAAGGAACAAAAUCUGAACAAAAAGAAGACGGUUUUGCGGAAGAUUGGGGUGUUGAUACAGAAGCAACAAAAAGUAAAAUGAGCGGCGGUGGUUUGGGUGCGGUUAGUGGAGUUUCAAAACUCGUUAAAGGAAGUGGAAUUGAUAAAGAAGAUGAUAAGAAAGCUGCUGCUCAAGCUCGUACUGAAGAAGCAAAUAUGGAACGCUUACUUUCUACUUAUGGUUCUGCCGCCCUUCGUAAUUCAUUCUGGGUAAUGGUCAAACGUGAUAAUCCAGACAUCUUGAUGUUACGCUUCUUGCGUGCACGUAAAUGGAGCAUCGAUGCAACAACGGCCAUGUUGGCAUCUACGUUGAAAUGGCGUUUGGAUACCAAUCUAGACAUUCUCGUUCAAAAAGGUGAUUUGGGUAAUGGUAAAGAGAUCCCUAAAUACGUCGAAAACUUUGAAGCAAACGGAAAGGUGUUUUCUCUCGGUACAAAUUUACGCAAUCAACCCGUCAUGUACGUUCAAUUCGGUAAACAUGUAAUUUGGGCACAACCACAAGCAACAACAAAGAAGUUCAUCAUUGCACAUUUUGAACUUGUACGUUUAUUAGUCGUUCCGCCAAACGAUAAGAUCGUUUUAUUGUUCGAUUGUACCGGCUUUGGACCUUCAAAUUUGGACGUGAUCAAUUUCCUUUAUAUCCUUCAAUGUCUUCAAUCUUAUUUCCCUGAACAAUUAGCAGUCUUGAUUCUUCAUAAAGCACCUUGGAUUCUAUCACAAGCAUGGCAUUUGGUCAAAUGGCUUUUGGAUCCUGUGGUACGUGCAAAAGUACGCUUUACAAACAAACCCGAAGAAUUGAUGGAAGAAAUUCCACGUAAACACAUGCUUCGUUAUAUUGGAGGAGACGUUGAUGUCGAAUUCGAUUGGGUUCCACCAGAAGAAGGAGAGAACGAUCUUCACAAAAACAAAGAAGAAGUUGAUCGCAGAUGGGAAAACCAUCGAAGGUUGUGUGAUCAAUUCGAAAAGGUCACACGUAAAUGGGCCGAAUCGAAGGGACAAGAAUAUGACCAAGAAAGAAGGGCAUUGAUCAAACGUUUGCGUGUUUCACAUAUGGAUUACGAUCCUUUCUGGCGUGGAAGAUGGGUUCAUGACCGUAACGGAGAUUUAUCACAAAAGAAUCCUGGUAUGAUCCGUUGGCAAUACCCAAUGGUCGAUGGAUCAAAAACCCGUGAAAUUCUUGGUCAUGAUACUUGCAGAAAAACACUCGUACGUGAACUACAAGAGAUCGGCGUUGGUGCUCCAGUUGAUUUCGCCGAAGCACGUACGCAACAAUUAAUCAAAGAAGGUAAAUGGGGUGACUGGAACUCAUGUGAUGAUUUGCCUGCUCCUCCAACCGGUUUCCAAAAUGGUGCUUUAACCUAUGAAGAUGAUGGUGGUCUUGCAGCUGCACUUGAUGUGAUUGGCUUAAACGGUCCAGAAACAUUACAGAUUGCAAAAGCAAAUGGAACUAAGCCUGUUCCACAAAAGGCUGCACCUACACCUCAAACAACAAACGACACGGCGGUGAACGGAAACAGUAUCGAUCAAACAAAGCCAAACGGUACAGCUGCUGCAAACAAGGAUGAAGUCGUCAAAUCACCCAGACAACAAAAAGUCCAAACCAAUACCGUUGAUGCUCCUGCUGAGCCAGCAAAUGAAAAAUUGGGCAUGUUUGGCUCCUUGAAGAAGAAGAUUAUGGCUUAAGUUCACGUUUCAGCAAUGGAUUAUGCUUCUCCUUAUUUAUUAUAUUCAAAUUCACUAAUGAUACCAUUCCUCAGAAUAUGUACGUCUUCAAUCGAUUUAAUUGAUCUCUUUUUUAC